UCCAAGUAGCUUACCUGCAAAGUGUAGUACUAGUAGUUGUGUGUAUAUAGGGGAGAGAGAGAGGGGGGAGAACAAAGCAAAGGAUAGAAGAAAGUGAACAAAUUAGAUGUGAGAACAAGGCAUCCUUUUUUAAGCAUCAUUUCCUAUAGCUAUAGCUUAUACCUUCUUUCCUAUAGCUCUGAAUCUUCCUCGAAGUUUGUGUUCAAGAAUUCAAAAACUUACAUAUACUAACAGUUUUCUCUUAAACUUUUGGCCAAUAUAGCUUCUUUUGCUUUGGGGGUGUCUUUGAUUUGGUUCUGUCUCUGAGUUCUGCAUAUGGGAUUUUAACCAGAAAGGUAGUAGUAGGUAGAUUGGCUGAGGAGAAUUAGAGUUAAUUAGAUUGGAAAUGUCUUUCAAGAUCAGAGGAGUGGUAGAACCGCAAUCAAGAAGUAUUAUUUCUCAAAAAUGGACUCUUUUUCUUUGUAUAGGUAGUUUUUGUGCUGGGAUGUUCUUCACCGCCAGAAUGUGGACGGUUCCUGAAACAAAAGGUGGUAUUACAAGAACAACUGCAGUAGAAGCUGAAAAACUCAACUUAGUUUCAGAAGGCUGCGAUACAAAAUUUUUGCAGCAGAAAGAUGUAAAAUUAGUAUCCAAAGAUGUUUUCGGAGAAGUUUCUAAGACACAUCAUGCUCUUCAGACACUAGACAAAACAAUUUCAAAUUUGGAGAUGGAGUUGGCAGCUGCAAAGGCAACUCAGGAGUCAAUUCUUAGCGGUGCACCUCUAUCACAAGACAUUGAGAAGGGUGAUUCACCUAGAAAAAGAAAAUAUUUUGUGGUUGUAGGAAUAAAUACCGCAUUUAGUAGCAGAAAAAGAAGGGAUUCAGUUCGUGCUACAUGGAUGCCACAAGGCGAAAAACGAAAGAAGCUGGAAGAAGAGAAAGGAAUCAUCAUGCGCUUUGUCAUUGGUCAUGGUGCCACGUUAGGGGGUAUACUGGACAGAGCUAUUGAAGCCGAGGACCAAAAGCAUGGUGAUUUCUUGCGCUUGGAUCACGUCGAGGGUUAUCUAGAAUUGUCUGCCAAGACAAAGACUUAUUUUGCUACUGCUGUUAAGCUAUGGGAUGCAGAGUAUUAUGUAAAAGUUGACGAUGAUGUCCAUGUAAAUAUAGGUACACUUGCAGAAACACUGGCAAGGCAUCGUAAGAAGCCUCGUGUGUACAUUGGGUGCAUGAAAUCCGGUCCUGUGCUAGCUCAGAAGGGAGUAAGAUACCAUGAACCAGAAUACUGGAAAUUUGGGGAGACGGGAAACAAGUACUUCCGUCAUGCUACGGGCCAAAUAUAUGCCAUUUCAAAGGACCUGGCCUCCUACAUAUCAGUAAAUCAGCAUGUACUACAUAAAUAUGCCAAUGAGGAUGUGUCACUGGGAGCUUGGUUUAUUGGUCUUGACGUGCACCAUAUAGACGACCGCAGAUUAUGUUGUGGAACUCCACCAGAUUGUGAAUGGAAGGCUCAGGCAGGCAAUAUCUGUGUUGCUUCAUUUGACUGGACCUGCAGCGGGAUAUGCAGGUCCGUCGACAGAUUAAAGGAGGUCCACAGACGGUGUGGGGAAGGGGAGAAUGCUUUAUGGAAAGCUGCAAUCUGAGCACAUGCAUUUCUUCCAAACUCAGGAAGGAGAUGAUGCCAAUGCUUUAUGUCAAAAAAAGUUCUCAUUUUAUUGCUCGAGAGUACAGAUAUACAUGUUAUACACACGGAGGGAUCAAGAGAAGGAUUGCGGGGAAAGAGAGGGAAUUCUAUAGAAAGAGUGCCAAGGCCUAGCUGUAAAGUUCUCCAUUUUUGUAGAGAAGAACGGCUGCCAAAGCGGUCAUCACAAGCAGGCAAUGGCUCUCACCACUCUUUUCUUCUUGUUUACCACUAGGCUAAGAUGUAAGUCAUAAUUCACUGGAUUGUAAAAUCUUAAUAAAUGCAAGUCAUUUUUUUGGUGGACCUG